UAUAAAUUUCCGUUUCGGCCCCACCGUUGUCACACUAACGACAGUCCUUCCAGUCACAAUGGCCCGUCACUGUGCCCUUGCGCUUUGCCUGAUCGCCGUCGUGGCUCCAGCCGUCUACGGCGACCUUUCGAAAGUCGAAGUUGAGGCCUGCUCAGAUGGAUCCACUAGCAACGUGGAUGCUGUUCGCAUCAGCCACUGUGCCACGCUGCCGUGCACGGUGACGUUGGAGGACAAGCCCCAAGUUGAGAUCGACUUCCGCGCUGCUCAUGAUUCGAAGACCCUCCGCGUUCGUGUGCUUGGUGCCAUUGGUGACAUGGCGCCACAGCCUUUCCCGAAGUUCAAGACCGAUGCCUGCAACUUCAUGGGUGUCAGCUGCCCCGUGAAGGCCGGCGACAAGUACACGGCCAAGUUCGAGCUUACCAUGUCCCCCACCUUCCCACCGGUCGCCGGGAAGGCUGUUUUCAAGGGCCAGGAUGCAGCAGGUGAAUUCUUCUGCUUCAAGGUUCCCGUGGAGCUGAAACACUAAAUGGACAGUGAACAAUAAAUACGAAUUACCUGGUCGCAUGG